UUUUUUCUUUUCUUUUCUUUUUUUUUUUUUUCUUUCCCCUCUUUUCUCUUGUCUCUCAUCUGUCUUUCUUUUCUGGGUUACUUGCGUCAUUGAUCAUGGAUUUACCUGCGCCUUGGGUUAUUCGACAUUCUCGAACAUAUAACAAAGACUAUUACUUUAACACAGUGACGAAAGAAUCGCGUUGGGAUGCACCACCUACUCAAGAUAUUGAGCGUGUACGAGCAAGUCAUCUAUUAGUGAAACAUGCUGAAUCGAGACGACCUAGUUCUUGGAGAGAGGAAAACAUCACUCGUACGAAAGAAGAAGCUUUGGCGAUUUUGAAAGGUUAUCAGAAACAAAUUGAAGAUGGAGUGGAAACACUUAGUGCUUUGGCAACCAAUUAUUCUGAUUGUUCUAGUGCUAAACGUGGUGGUGAUCUUGGAUAUUUUGAACAUGGACAAAUGCAAAAGCCUUUUGAAGAUACAGCAUUUGCAUUACAAGUAGGAGAACUCAGUCAACCUAUAUGGACCGAUAGCGGUGUACACUUGAUAUUGAGAACUGCUUGAUUUGGAUGGAAUGGAUUUUAUUUAUUUAUUUUUUUUUUAGUUAGUGACUUAUCAAUUUUUUUUUCUUUUAUCAUCAUUUUAUUUUACAUGAAAGCAUCUUGUAAUGACGGGUAGUUAUGCAUAUGAAGAAUCAUCAUCAGUCAAUAAAGAACAAUAAAGUUAUCAAAUGAUUAAAUCAUGAUUAUAAAGAAGAUUUUUAUCAGAGAACCGAUCGGUAAUAACCGAUGUGCUGAAAUUGAAAAAGGGAUAUCUUUCACCCAAUGGCAUCA